AUGUCACACGUGAGUCGAGAGAGAGAGAGAGAGAGGGGGGAGGUGAGGAGAAGAGGCAAGGAAGAAGACGAAGUGGAGCUGUUGCUUCAAGCUGCUCAAGAUGAGAUGAUACUCAAGCUCUCUGUUGAUUCUCACGCUUCUCGAUCUUCUUCCGAUUACUUAGAUCCAGAUCUCCAUUCUAGAUUCCUCGCGCUCAAAUCUCAGAAGAAGAAUAAAGAUCAUCAGAAACGACGGCCGAGAUCGCCGACGAAAUCAAAGGAUGUGACUGAAGAGACGCCGGAAGAUCUAAUGCUCAUAUUCUCGGCUCUCAAGACUUCUCUCCCCUCCGCGUCUUCGCCUUCGUCCUCUGUUUCCAAGCCUGUUCUUCUUCAGGAUGAGAUCGGAGAAGAUGAAAUUGGGGAAGAAGCUGAAGUGGAGAAACUGAUUCAAUGGGCUAUUGACGCCGCUCGUCUCGAUCCUUCUCCUCCUUCUGACGAUGAUGACAAUCAGAGUUCCGAUGAGGAUGAUUCAACGAGAGUUGUAAAACGCUAAUUUUAUCAACUUACUUUUGGCUCUCUACCUGUAAGGUAUUUUCUAAUGUUUUCGCAUUCAGAGUUGUAUAUCAGAUCAAGUGUUUUCAUUUGCUUAAAUACCGUAUAGUGUCAUUGUUACGAUCA